ACAGCCUGAUCUAACGGAUCUAACGGAUCUAACGGGUCUAACGGAUCUAACGGAUCUAACGGGAGAUAUCUGAGUCGUUAUCCGCGGCCUGUCUGCGGCUGUUAUUGGACCGUCUGAGGGUAGGUGGAGCGGACCGUGUGUGUCCCCCGGUGUGGUCCCCGGUGUGGUCCUUUGUCUCGAGCAGCCCUGCCGGUGUGUGCGGGUGAUGGUGGACGCGGCAGAGUGCGGGGUUUGCGGAGUGAAGGUGAUGUGUCGCUUCCGGCCGCUGAAUGACGCGGAGCGGGGCCGCGGAGACAAAGACAUCCCCAAAUUUAACGGCGAGGACACGGUGGUGGUGGCGGUGAGUUGGGGGGGGGGGGUCUGUGUGUGUGUGUGUGUGUGUGUGUAUGUGUGUGUGUGUGUGUGUGUGUCUCUCACCGGCACACCCUCUUUCUGUCCGUCUGAAACCGGAAACUGCUGUUUGAUGUUUGGGAAUCUGCAUGACCCCCGUCUGAUGGGAAUCAUCCCUCGGAUCUCAAGAGACAUCUUUGACCACAUCUACUCCAUGGACGAGAACCUCGAGUUUCACAUCAAGGUCUCAUAUUUUGAAAUCUAUCUGGAUAAGAUCAGAGACCUCUUGGAUGUGUCAAAGACAAACCUGGCGGUCCACGAAGACAAAAACAGAGUUCCUUUUGUCAAGGGCUGCACGGAGCGUUUUGUUUCCAGUCCUGAUGAGGUGAUGGACGUCAUUGACGAGGGAAAAGCAAACCGCCACGUCGCCGUCACCAACAUGAACGAGCACAGCUCUCGCAGCCACAGCAUUUUCCUGAUCAACAUCAAGCAGGAGAACGUGGAGACGGAGCUCAAACUGUCGGGAAAGCUUUACCUGGUCGACCUGGCCGGCAGCGAGAAGGUGAGUAAAACAGGAGCAGAAGGCUCUGUGUUGGACGAAGCCAAGAACAUCAACAAGUCUCUUUCUGCUCUGGGGAACGUCAUUGCUGCUCUGAGUGAAGGAACAAAAACCCACGUUCCGUACAGAGACAGUAAGAUGACUCGAAUCCUGCAGGACUCUCUGGGAGGAAACUGUCGAACCACCAUUAUCAUCUGCUGCUCUCCUUCAGUUUACAACGAGGCUGAAACCAAGUCCACGCUCAUGUUCGGGCAGAGAGCUAAAACCAUAAAGAACACUGUGUCUGUUAACCUGGAGUUGACGGCUGAGGAGUGGAAGAAGAAGUACGAGAAGGAGAAAGAUAAGAGCAGGAGUCUAAAUAUCGUGAUCCAGAAACUUGAGAACGAGCUUAAACGCUGGAGGAAAGGUGAGUGUGUACCUGUGGAGGAGCAGCUGAGCAGCAGAAACAAGAAGAGCAGCAGCAGCAGUGAGACGGCAGCAGUGAUCGACAGCUCUGUCCUGCCCCCUGUUCCUCUGUUGGAUGAAGAGAGGACGCAGUAUGAGACGCUCAUCACUGACCUGUACCACCAGCUGGAUGACAAGGACGAUGAGAUCAACCAUCACAGUCAGACGGCCGAGAAACUCAAACAGCAGCUGAUAGACCAGGAGGAGCUGCUGGCGACCGGCCAAAAGGACUAUGAGCGUGUGCAGGAGGAGCUGUCGCGGCAACACAGGGACUGCGACUCGGCCAAAGAGGAGGUGAAGGAGGUGCUGCAGGCCCUGGAGGAGCUUGCCGUCAACUACGACCACAAGAGCCAGGAGGUGGAGACCAAGAACCGCUGCAACGAGCAGCUGAAUGAGGAGAUUGCACACAAAACUUUGCGUCUGGAGGUGGUUCAGAGGGAGUUUUCUACGCUGCAGGAAGUGAGUUCUCAUCAGAAGAAACGGUCUGCAGAGAUCGUCAGUCUGCUGCUCAGAGACCUCAGUGACAUCGGCAGCAUCCUCAGCACCACCGAUCUCAAAGCUAUGACCGAGACGAGUGGCGUAAUGGAGGAGGAGUUCACCACAGCUCGGCUCUACAUCAGUAAACUCAAGUCUGAGGUCAAAUCUCUGGUGAACCGUAGCAAACAGCUGGACAUCAACCUGACGGAGAACAUCUGCAGGAUGGAGGCCAAUGAGACAGAGCUCAACAGCUGCCAGCUGCUCGUCUCCCAGCUUCAGGCGAAGAUCUCGUCUCUGACAGACGACCUGCAGAAGUUGGAACAGAAGAAGAGGAAGCUGGAGGAGAGUCAGGACGCUCUGAUGGAGGAGCUAGCCAAACUGCACGCUCAAGAUCAAAUGCAUGAGGUGACGGUCAUGGACAAAGAGAAAGAACACAUGAGCAGACUGAAGGACGCUGUUGAGAUGAAGAGAACACUGGAGGAACAGAUGGAGAACCACAGAGAAGUUCAUUCCAAACAGCUGAGUCGUCUCCGAGACGAGAUCGAGCACAAGCAGAGACAUGUCGACCAACUCAAAGAUGUGAAUCAAGCUCUGCAGGUCGAGAACAGGAAGCUUCAGUCCGACUUUGACAAACUGAAAGCUGAGGAUCAGAACAAAGACCAGAAACUCCAGAAACUAGUGUUUCUGAAUGAGAAGAGAGAACAAGCCAAAGAGGACCUGAAGGGUCUGGAGGAGACUGUGGCCAAAGAGCUGCAGACACUGAACAACCUUCGAAAAGUCUUCAUCCAGCACCUCGGCACUCGUGUCGCAAAUAGUGCAGAAAACGACUGUGACGAGGCCGGCGGCAGUCUGGCUCAGAGACAGAGGAUCAUCUUUUUAGAAAAUAACCUAGAGCAGCUCAGCAAGGUCCACAAACAGCUGGUGCGGGAUAACGCUGACCUUCGCUGUGAGCUACCUAAGCUGGAGAAGCGUCUGCGGGCCACAGCAGAGCGAGUGAAAGCUCUGGAAGCCGCCUUGAGAGACGCCAAGGAGUCGGCCAUGAGGGACCGCAAAUGCUAUCAACAGGAAGUGGACCGCAUCAAAGAGGCUGUACGCUCCAAGAAUGUCUCCAGGAGAGGACACUCUGCUCAGAUAGCCAAGCCAAUCAGAGCAGGACAUCUGCGUCAUCAAAACCCGUCCUCCUCUCCGUCCAUAAGACCGGCCGUCCGAGGAGGGGGGUUGGCGUCCAGUCCACGCCACCACUCCCCCCGACCGAAACCACAACAACAACCGCAGCAAACUCAACAAAAACAGCCCCAUCAGAGCCAAAGCAAGUAAGCUACAGAGUGCAGACAACUCCAGGUCAUUUUCUUUUUCUGUGGAUCUUUGACUUUCUGAACUCUCCUGCUCUCACCACUCUGCCUUUACUGGAACCAGACUCCAUGUUUCCACAAUUUUCCACACUAACAGCCUUUCCACAUUAACAGCCUUUCCACAUUAACAUCGAUUCCACAUUAACAGCCUUUCCACAUUAACAGCCUUUCCACAUAAACAUCUAUUCCACAGUAACAGCCUUUCCACUUUAACACCCAUUCCACAUUAACAUCUAUUCCACAUUAACAUCUAUUCCACAUUAUCAGUACCUUCCACAUUAACAGCCUUUCCACAUUAACAUCUAUUCCACAUUAACACCCAUUCCACAUUAACAUCUAUUCCACAUUAACAUCUAUUCCACAUUAUCAGUACCUUCCACAUUAACAGCCUUUCCACAUUAACAUCUUUUCCACAUUAACAUCUAUUCCACAUUAACAGCCUUUCCACAUUAACAGCCUUUCCACAUUAACACCCAUUCCACAUUAACAUCUAUUCCACAUUAUCAGUACCUUCCACAUUAACAGCCUUUUCACAUUAACAGCCUUUCCACAUUAACA